UAAUAUUAUUUAAUAAACAACUCCUCAAGCUUUGUCAUUCCUCUUUCCACUUCCUAACAUCAUCACCCAAAAAGUGCUUCAAUUACCUCUUCUUCACUAACCGAUCCGAGACUUCAGUUUCAAAUUACUUGAAAUUUUGAAAAACAAAACGAAAUUCUCUUUGCAUCAGUUGAUAGGGUUUCUGGCUCCGAUCAUUUGUGAAUUCUCUUACUCUCACUCGCUUUGUUGCAUCUUCUAUUGGCUUUUGGCGUUGAAGAUGGUGAAAUUCUGAGCGGAAUUGAAGUACUGUUGAUUAGGGAACAAUGCGGUUGUUUCCGUUGAACUCGAGCUCAAGUUCGAGUUCAGGCUCUGAUAAGGAGCGGGGAAUUGGAGCGAGCAAUCGGGCUAUGUUGUAUCUAAACGUGUAUGACCUUACGCCUGUAAAUAACUACCUUUACUGGUUUGGCCUUGGGAUCUUCCAUUCUGGCAUUGAAGUACAUGGUAUGGAGUUUGGCUUUGGAGCCCAUGAAUACUCUAGCAGCGGGGUAUUUGAGGUGGAACCAAAAAGUUGUCCAGGCUUCAUCUUCCGACGGUCAGUGUUACUAGGCAGCAUCAACUUGUCGCGUUCAGAAGUUCGAUCAUUCAUGGAACAUCUUUCUGCAAAAUAUCAUGGGGAUACUUAUCAUUUGAUUGCAAAGAAUUGCAACCACUUUACUGAUGAAGUUUGUCUGCAACUAACUGGAAAGCCUAUUCCUGGAUGGGUAAAUCGGUUGGCCCGAGUUGUUUCAGGUUCUUUCUGUAAUUGUUUACUGCCAGAAAGCAUUCAGAUAACAGCAGUUAGACAUCUCCCUGAUCAUCCAGCCUGUUCCGAUGAUGAUGGGUUGGGAUCUAUUUUAUCAUCCGCAUCAGCAGAGAGCGAAGAAGAGGAUUCAGAUCAUCAUCCACUGACUACACCCAAUGGUGAUGUUGCAUUUUUAAAAGAAAAACCAUUAAGGCUGGCAAGAGAACUCUUGUAGAAUUUUCCUGUAAUUCCUAUUCUUUCGGUGUGGGGUCUCUUUGUCGUUUGUAUUGUUAGUGUCUGACCUUCAAUGUACCAUGGUCUAAUUAAUCGAAUACUUUAGCAUUUGUUCCAUAGUACAGUGAGCUUGCCCAAGACAUCUCUGAUGCCUGCGAUUGAUUUUACUCGAGCUUGGUCCUGUAUUAAUAUAAUAUACAACUCAUAAUGUUUAUACGUUUUGUCUUGUUGGUAGAUACGAUCAAAUUCAAAGAAAGAAUCUUCUGUGUGGAUAGCA